AUGAGAGACUCACAGCUCACUUUUUGCACUGUAUGUGCUUCAAACAAUAAUAGAUCUAUGGAAUCUCACAAAGUACUACAAGAGGCUGGCUAUAAUGUAAAUUCUUACGGUACCGGUUCAGCUGUAAGGUUGCCUGGCUUGUCCAUUGACAAACCAAACGUAUACCCCUUCGGCACCCCAUAUAACGAUAUAUAUAAUGACUUGCUAUCACAGUCGGCAGACCGUUAUAAAUCAAAUGGGUUACUACAAAUGCUAGAUAGAAAUAGAAGAAUUAAAAAAUCUCCAGAAAAAUGGCAUGAAAAUUUUAAAAUAUUCGAUAUCAUAUUCACUUGUGAAGAAAGAUGUUUCGAUUCUGUAAUAGAAGAUCUCAUGUCAAGAGGUGGUAAACAAAAUAAACUAGUCCAUGUAAUAAACAUCGAUAUUAAAGAUGAUAAUGAAAACGCAAAAACUGGUUCAAAGGCAAUCUUAAAAUUAGCAGACCUGUUGAACGACUACUUCAAUGAAAAUAAUUCAAACAUACUUCUCGAAGAUCAUAUAAUAAAUAUUUUAGAAAAUUGGCAAUCUUCAUAUCCAAAUUUACCUUGUCUUUACUCACCUGCAUAUUAUUAA